GGAAACAAAGCUGGAGGCUUCAUUGGAAGUAUUGGUGGUGGAGGUUUCUGGCGGGCAGCGGCGCCUUCGAAUGUUGGAAUUGCGAUCGCAGUGACGGCCAUGGCUGGUCUCGCCUUGGCAGCUACCAUCGUCUACUCCCAUAGGUAAUUUGAAAGAAGAGGAAAAAGAAAUAAACCUCAUCGUCAACAGCGAGAGAACAAUAAAACCACAAUAACAACAACAACAACCACAGAGUAACCCUAGAGAAGUAGUAGGAAGAAGAUAUUACACGUAGAAAUCAUCACCCUCCUCCCCCCCCAAAAAAAAAAGAAAAGAAAGAGGAUAACCUAAAUGAGAGCCCUCCGCCGCACGCACUCUACGAUGUCGUCCUCCAAUUCGAACCCCUCCUCCUCAUCGCCGUCUACGUCUACGUCUUCGUCUUCGUCUUCGUCGUGGGUUCAUUUACGCUCGGUUCUUUUCCUCGUUGCUUCUUCCUCACCAGUUCCCUCCGAUCGGGGUAGUCUUAAAUCACCAUGGUCCCGUAGAAGAAGAAAACAUGCCCUUUCACCUCAACUGUGGAAAAGCCUAUUUACACCAGAUGGGAAACUCCGUGAUGGUGGUGUGAAGUUCUUAAAAAAAGUUCGCAGUGGAGGUGUUGAUCCGAGCAUCAGGGCAGAAGUUUGGCCAUUUCUCCUAGGAUUUUACAACUUGAACAGUUCCAAGGAAGAAAGAGAUUCCAUUAGAGCUCAGAAAAGAAAGGAGUAUGAGAAACUACGGAGGCAAUGCAGGCGGCUGCUAAAGCUCAGUGAUAAUGAGAACUUUAGGCUAAAAGAAACAUGGGGAACUAGCAGCAAUGGGGAUGGUGGGAGUCUGGUCCAAAACCUGGACUCUCCUGGCUCAGAAGAAAUCGUCAGUGCCAGGGAUUCCCUUUCCACUGAAGAGGGGAACCCAGAGGACUUGGACUCAGGCCACCUUGUUCAUGAUGGAGUCCAUAAAGUCUCCAGCUCAUUGGUGGAUGGAAAUGGCUGUAACAGUGAAGUUACACAAGCAGAUGCUUCUGUUAUCAACACAGAGUCAUCCGACUCGGACUCUUCUGUUGAGGAACCUGAAAGCAUGCAGAAUUUUGAAGAGAUUGAUCCUGACAAUCCCUCCAAGGGGGAUUCUUCCCCUUCCAGGACAGGUUCCUCCAAACCCUAUACGGCUGAAGAUUUUACCACGUGGCAAAGGAUCAUCCGCCUGGAUGCAGUGCGGGCAAAUUCAGAAUGGAUUGUAUACUCCCCAAACCAGGCUGCAGUUUCGGAAUGCAGGUCACGGCGUUCAGCUGAGGCUGUUGGACUGAAGGACUAUGACCACCUAGAGCCCUGCAGAAUUUUCCAUGCAGCUCGCUUGGUUGCCAUCCUGGAAGCCUAUGCACUCUAUGAUUCAGAGAUUGGGUACUGCCAGGGAAUGAGUGAUCUACUUUCUCCAAUAAUUGCCGUGAUAGAGGACGACCAUGAGGCCUUUUGGUGCUUUGCGGGUUUCAUGAGGAAAGCUCGUCAUAACUUUAGGCUUGAUGAGGUAGGAAUCAGGAGGCAGCUGAACAUCGUGUCAAAGAUCAUUAAGUGUAAAGACUCCCAUCUCUACAGGCACCUGCAGAAGCUUCAGGCUGAGGACUGCUUCUUCGUUUACAGGAUGGUGGUGGUUCUCUUUAGACGGGAGCUAAACUUUGAGCAAACCUUAUGCCUGUGGGAGGCGAUGUGGGCAGAUCAGGCAGCAAUAAGAGCUAGGAUUGGCAAGUCUGCGUGGGGGAGGAUUAGACAGCGUGCCCCACCGACUGAUGAUCUGCUACUAUAUGCCAUUGCAGCCUGUGUAUUGCAGAGGAGGAAGCUGAUUAUAGAGAAGUACAGCACUAUGGAUGAGAUCUUAAGGGAGUGCAAUAACAUGGCUGGUCACUUGGACGUAUGGAAGCUUCUAGAUGAUGCACACGAUUUGGUGGUAACCCUCCAUGACAAAAUAUGAAACCCUCCAAAACGCAUCUUCAUAUGAAUGAUUCCUUUCACCCAAGAGUUUUGAGGGCUUGGGAAGAAAGGGAGCCUUCCCUAGUCUCUUCGAACCGCAAAUCAAGAACAUCCAAGGGCUAUCUCUACGUUCAAUGUACUUUUUAUGUAUUGCCCACUUGCUGAGCUCAUUAAGCUAUGGUGGCAGGAAAAAUGAGGAGAGGGGGGAAAACCUUUUCUGUUUUUGCAAAACAAUCAAUUUCAUUA